GCAGCUGUAGCCGGAGAGGGGCCUUGGGGCUGGGAUCGGAGCCGCCCCCCCCCUCCAGGAGCUGGAGCCGGGACCCUCCUCCGCAGCGCCCGGCCAGCCGGGGAGGAGCCGCCGCCGCCUGAGCCCAGGGGCCAGCGGACUCUGCUGGAUUCUUCACCAUGGGUGACAUGAAGACCCCGGAUUUCGAUGACCUCUUGGCAGCUUUUGAUAUUCCGGACAUCGACACCAACGAGGCCAUCCAUUCUGGCCAUGAGGAGGCUGAGGCUCACAUCAAACAGGUCCCUGGGGAGCCCGUGGCCCCUGACCACGUCCUCCCCCACGCAGACAUCACUGCCGUCAGUGUGAUAGUGAAGAACACUGUCUGCCCCGAGCAGCUCGACCCCUUGGACGGCCGCGGCAAAGAUGGGCACGGCCUUGGGCCCCGCCUACUGCAGAAUGGCUUUGGUGCCCCAGAGAUGCCCAGGUCCCCCACCUCCAGGCCAGGGGAAGUGGUGGCGUCGUCCAACGGAGAGUGCUGGGCUUCCAAGGAGAAAGGGGCAAAACCCAUGGACAUCUUUUCCCACUUCAGCCCCGAUCCCCACGAGGAGAACUCUGCGGAUCUGAUUGACAGGCCCCGGGAGGGCAAACAGAAAGAGAGAGCCCUCUCUGUGCCCUCUCUCUCCCCAUCCCCCACCCCGUCUCCUGCUUCAUCGCCAAACUGCAAAGACCCAGCCGGAGAGAGCACUGACAGCCUCCCGCCGGCUUUCCCGCAGCCCUUUGAAACCAGCCAAGCAGGGGGCAUGAACGGCUCCCCUGCCAUCAUUCCCAUGAUCAAGAAAGAGGAGUCCGACUCAGAGGAGCUGGACCAUGGGGCCAGCCCCAAGGGUUUGGCUGCAGCCCUGCAUGACAGCCCCUUGGGGCACCUGAAAUCGGUCACUGUCCGCUACUCCACGGAUGAUUCCCCCGUCACGUCCUGGCCCAGUUCAGAUCCAAACCUUGACAGUAGCACCAGCAACCUCCCUGAAGUGAAACAGUCUCCCACCAGCCCUCAGGAGCCGUUCUUCAAACCUUCCCCACUGGCGGAGGGAAGCCCCGAGCCCCUUGGCUCCCCCAAGCCGCUGGGGAGCAUCCCCCUCAAGGAAGAGCAGGAGGCUCUAGAGAAACUCCCACGGAGCAUGUCAAGCGGCGAGGAGGAAGAAGAGGAGGAAGAAGAUGGCAGCAAUGAUUCCCCCUCUUCCAGUUCCUCGCGGCCUCUCAAAGUGCGGAUUAAAACCAUCAAGACGUCUUCCGGCAGCAUCACCCGGACAGUGACCAGAGUCUCCUCUGAUUCGGAGCCGGGAGCUGCCAAGCUGCCUUUGGAGCCAAGUUCUCAGGAGGCCUCCACAGAGGACUCCAUGCUCUCGGCUGCAGUGGUGAAAGAGGAGAGCGUGCUGGAGGUGCCCAAAAAGAAAACGGAGCUCUCCAGUCCCCUGAAAGUCAUAGAAGGACCCAAAAUUGUCAGUGUCCAGCUAGGCAAUGGCACCAAAAUCAAAGGGACUGUUCUGCCGGUCACCACCAUCCAGAACGCCAGCAGCGCCAUGCUGAUCGCCGCCAGCGUAGCCCAGCAGAAAUCUGUGGUGCUGCCGGGCAAGGCCGUGACGAAGAACAUUAUCAACCUGGUGCCGCAGACUCUCCCCAAAGCCGACACCAGGACCAACGUCAGCACGGUGACCCAGACCACCACCGUCACCACCACGGCCAACCAGAAGGUCAACGGCACUACGGUGGUGAUGGUGCAGCCGCAGAAGCCUUCACCCACCAUUGCCGGCACGGUCAUUUCCAGGAGCCAGUCCAGCCUGGUGGAGGCUUUCAACAAGAUCCUGAACAGUAAAAACCUCUUGCCAACCUACAAACCCAACCUGAAUCCUCCGGCGGACUCCAGCCUGACUCUCCCGCCCUUCGGGUAUCGCUGCUUGGAGUGUGGGGACUCCUUCGCCCUGGAGAAGAGCCUGGCUCGGCACUACGACCGGCGUAGCAUGCGCAUCGAAGUGACCUGCAACCACUGCACCAAGCGCCUGGUCUUCUUCAACAAGUGCAGCUUGCUUCUGCAUGCCCGGGAGCACAAGGACAAAGGCCUGGUGAUGCAGUGCUCCCACUUGGUCAUGAGACCUAUUGCUCUGGAUCAAAUGAUUGGCCAGCCGGACAUCACCCCCAUCGUGUCAGUGACCUCCCUCACUGCUGGCAAAGUGGCUGGGGUGCCUCAGGAUGCCAUGGCGACAGCUAAUGGGGCUCAGGACCAACCCAUCCUGCCCCUGAGCGGCAGCUCGGAGCAAACUAGCUAUAACUGCUUCCGGUGUCUGGAGUGCAAGGAGCAAUGCAAGGACAAAGCCGGGCUCGCUGCGCACUUCCAGCAGGCUGUGACUGCCGGAACAAUCACCAGCACGGUGUGCACGACCUGCCCCAUGAUGAUGCCCAAUCCCUGCAGCUUUAACGCUCAUCAACGGAUGCACAAAAACCGACCCCCCCACGUGUGCCCCGAGUGUGGCGGGAACUUCCUCUUGGCGAACUUCGAGGCCCAUCUGAAGGAGGCCUGCCUGCAUUUCUCCAGGAGGGUGGGAUACAGGUGCCCCAGUUGUGCCGUGGUGUUCGGAGGGGUGAAUUCCAUAAAGUCCCACAUCCAGACCUCGCACUGUGAGGUUUUCCACAAGUGCCCCAUCUGCCCCAUGGCGUUCAAGUCAGCCCCCAGCGCCCACGCUCAUAUCUACACGCAGCACCCGGGGUUCAGCAAUCAGCAGUCCAAGAUGAUUUACAAAUGUGCAAUGUGUGACACAGUCUUUACCCACAAGCCCCUGCUCUCCUCUCACUUUGACCAACACCUGCUUAACCAGAGGGUCAGCGUUUUUAAGUGUCCCGACUGCCCGCUGCUAUUCGCCCAGAAACGCACCAUGCUGGAACAUCUAAAGAACACUCACCAGCCGCAGAAACCCAAGGAGGAUAUCACCAAGAAGCCAGUUGCUCUGCUCGCUCCCAAAGAGGAGCCCGUGGAAGCCCCCAUCUCCAAGAUAUCCACGUCGUCCUCCUCCUCCUCGGAGGAAGAUGAGCCGCCCAGCUCCCCAGAGCCGCGCAAGGCAAAGCGGACCCGCUUUCAGCGCAAGACGGAUGCGAGCAAGUCCAAAAGUAGUGGCUGGACGUGCGGGAUGUGUCACUCCUGGUUCCCGGAGAGGGACGAGUACGUGUCCCACAUGAAGAAGGAUCACGGGAAGUCGGUGAAGAAGUUCCCGUGUCGUCUGUGCGAGCGUUCGUUUUGCUCCGCCCCCAGUCUCCGGAGACACGUGCGAGUGAACCACGAGGGGAUCAAGCGAGUCUAUCCCUGCCGGUACUGCACCGAAGGCAAACGCACCUUCAGCAGCCGGCUGAUCCUGGAGAAGCACAUUCAGGUGCGGCACGGGAUAAAGGUGACCGACCAGACCAAGAGCCAAGAGGUCGUCAUUGCCCGGAUGGGACCCGGAAGCUUGCAGGUGUCCAGCAGGAAGCGGAAACUCUCCUCGGACGAGGGCGAUUCGUGUAGCGAGGAGCCGGACAGCACCACGCCGCCCUCCAAGAACCCCAAGGCGGAGCGCAAAGCCCCCUUCCGCUGCCGGAAGUGCGGCUACGUGGCCUGCAGCGCGGCCGAGUUCCAGGAGCACAUCCCCCAGCACAGGACAGACGAGAGCUCCCACCAGUGCCGGGAGUGCGGCCUUUGCUUCACCUCCCAGGUCUCCCUCAACCGCCACCGCUUCAUCACCCACAAGAAGAAGAAGGGGGCGGGGGCGGGGGAGGAGCCCAGCCCCCGCAGCGGCCACGAGGGAGGGGCCCAGCGCUCGGCCGACGGUAAACUCGCGUGCAAGGUGUGCGGGAAGGGCUUUGACACCCAGCUCAACCUGAAGACGCACUUCCGCACCCACGGCAUGGCCUUCAUCAGAGCCAGGCAGAACGUGAGCCCCGAGAACUAGGGGCGAGGGAGAGGGCAGCGCGUGUAUAUAAUCUCUGCACAGAACUCGUUGGCCGGCUCCCAGCUGGGCCCCCCCUCUCUGUGCACCGUUUCAGUACGUAGGUUGGAUGUGUAAAGCUGUGAAGAGAAACGAGAUCCUUAUUUAUAAACCUGGAGGACGGAUCCGCUCUCUGGCUUCCCUCGGUUGGUGGCCCGGCUGAGGCCGCCGCGGGGCGGGGAAUUGGGCUGGUUUACAGUGUAGGAAGCAAGAGCUCAGCGAGGGCAGGAGUCAGAGGUCUAGCCUAGCUCUGAGACUACACGGGCAAGCAAACGGUUCGUACGCUGCUCUGAAUGAUAACGAGGGACGUGGCCCGCUCUGUUCGCCAGCGUGUGUUCGGAUUGUCAUGGGCGGUGGCUUCCCUUCAUUGGAACAGGGCAGUUAGUCGUCCCUCCCCAGUGUUGUCUGUAGCCCAGGGAGCUGUCUCCCAGGGCAGCGCUCCGGUGCCAGGAUGUCAUUUGCAGGCUCAGCUGCUUAACGGUCCCCUUGCCUGGGCCCUGCUUCUGCUCUUUCUGAUGGGCGCUUCCCCUGGUUACUGGGAGUCUGCCUCUCCCACAUUCGGACUUGUCCGAAGGGAGUCCUUUCUCUCCGUGAGCGUUGAUGUGGGAGAAGCCUGGGAAUUUAAGUUACUGUGUUGAUAAGAUGUUCACAGCAGGAUCCAACGUUUUGGUUUUUUUUUUGGUAAUGUUGCUUAUUUUGUAUUUGCUUCCCGGAGCUCCAGAUGAAAUCUUGGCCUGACUCAGUUAGUUGCCUGGUAUAUUAACUGACAGCGUCAAUCCGAGGUUCCGUGGUUUGUUCACUAACUAUAUUCCCCCACUGAAUGCAUGUGUUAUGAAUCCUCUUCACAGGUUCACUUGCACUAACUUAACACGAUUCUGGGGUUUGUACUAACUGAAAUAUACGUAUAGGGUUGAUGGCUGCAGGGGGCCUGGAUUUAAAGGGAAACAUUUGGCUGUUAAGCUGCAGGUGACAAGCAGAACUGCACAACUCUGUGUGUGCUUGCAUAUGUGUGCGUGUGUCUUGAAAAUGAAAGCAAUAACCUCAGGAAGUGAGGUCUGGCAGGGAAAUGGACUGCGAGCCAGGGCAGUGCAGUUAACCCUGCAUGUACUAUAUAAAGGGUGUCUGAGAAGCCAGAAGCAGCUUAGUUUGGUCUUUGCCUACCUCCCAAGACAAUCCCUCAAAAUCACCGAGGGGUGAUUAGUCCUGAUUAAGUUUUCCUCCCACCCCCUUGCUAGCGUUUGUAACAGCUCUGCUUGUGAGCUCUUCUCUUUACCAAAAAAUGAGCCAAGUUAUCAGCAAAUACUAAAUCUCUUUACAGCAGUGAGGGUCAAAGAUCAACAGAUCAAAAACAGAUAUUUUGUUACAGGUGGGGAUUUUAUUUCUGGGUGUGUGGUGGGAGGGAGAAGGGGGAUAAGCACCCAAAAGGAUGCACCCGAAGUCCCCUUCCCCCAGAUGUAGUUGGUUGAGGGCUGGGCUUGAAUCUUAUCUGUGGGACAAGGUGGAAGUCCGUGGGCCCAGAUCCGUGCUGCUGCUGCUGCUGCUUGGAAAUGCUGGUUGCCCAGGCUGAGUAGUGAAGAAGAAGAAGGAUAGCGACCCCAUAUACUUGCUUGGGGCUGUUAAGAAAACUUGGUUCUUGAAUCUAAGGGAGCUGAGACUAGUCUGUUCAAAGCACCUGCCAGAGGUUUCCAACCUAUUAUGUCCUUAAAGUCCCAGCUGGUUGUAAAUAAUGAUAAUUUAGAGGGUAAGAGAACGUGCUUUGUUAGAAGCAGAAAGGGAAACUAAACCCUCUUUAAAAAAAAUUAUGCAGAAUUCAGUUCUUAGACUGACAUAGAUGCUUUCAUUCCCCACCCAUGCACACCCACAGGCCCAUUGGACCGACACACACUUAAAUCAUGGCAGCUGGCAUUGCAAACUCUGCAGGGCCUCGAGCCAAGAUCCGCAGGAAAAACCCCACCCCAGGCCAUGUCCACUGAUCAGAGCAAGCACUGCCCUGAAACUCCCCCCUUUGGUUCAGCUUUCAUCUCCCCCUCCACUUCGGGUUCUGGGUCCCUCAUCUGCCACUUCAGCACUUGCCCCCUCACGCACGGACAGCGCAUUCCUAUACCCCGUGACCAAGCUCACAGCCAAGUUAAGGAUGCAGAAGCAUUUUAAUAGCAGGUUUGGACCGUCAGUAUUGCAGCAGCAUCCACAAGAAUUUUCAAAAUUGUGCAAAUGGCUGCAUCCCUAAAUGCUGUUUGGAAAAACGAUUUUGACUUGUUUCGUUUGUUGCUUUGGCUUCUGUGCUCCAGUUCGGGUGUUGUGUGAGUCAUUCUUAUUUUGGUAACUUAACUUUGGGUUUGUUUUUUUUUAAUGGUGAAUAACUCUUAAACUCUGUGUAAAAAGUUCUGUAACAUACACUAAAAAAAAAAAAAAAAAAGCUGCUGGUGUGAUUUAUUCUUUCUUGUUUUAGAAAACGGAUUUGCUGUUUUUAAGUUCAGCGGGAUAACUUUCUUCCCCCUCUGAAGAUGGUUUGGUUGAAAGGAACAAAUGCCAUGGUUGGUUUUUUUAAUUCAUCAUAAACAAUGUUUUUGAUCCAAUUGAAUGUUUAUGCAGCAGCAUUUGAGGGUUUGUGUUUUUUAAAAACCCACACUUUUUACUGUAUAAAACAAAUAUUCCCAACGCUUGUUGUUACAACCUGCCUUUCCCCAGGGCCAGCAGCUGCAGUGGAGUGGUAACUAUAUUUUUAAGCCAUUUAGUCCUACUCGCAAGAGUAACCAAGCUGAAAUGAAGGUAAUUACAUAUUUUAAAUUUCCUCCCAGUUUUUUUUGCUUUGUCUUAACUGUCUCUUCUCCCACCCCAAAAAACCUCCACUAUUAAAAAAUGUAUUCGCUUGGAGCUGUGGAAGUGUAAAUGCUGUUCAAUAAUAUAGACAAACUUAAAGUUUCUACCGUUUUAGAGAGGAGGAAAAACAAAUUGCUUUGUAAUCUUUGGUGAUCUCAUUUCCCAUGCAGUUCAGUGCCUUUAGAUUAACUUCUGUUUAAAAAUAAAAAAGUGACUUUGCAUUUUGUUUUUAGAGGGGGUUUGUGAACUGAUGAUUAUGCUACAUUAAAAACAUGGGCACUGCAAAAGGCUCUCAGGUAUUCUUUAUUCUUGUAGUAAUAAUGCAAUUAAAACUUUUAGUGGUUUAA